AUGGAUACUCACAUCAAGCGACUGUUAGACGCCGGUAUUAUCACGCCAUCGCAAAGCCAGUGGGGCAGCCCUGCCUUUAUCGUUCCGAAACGAGAUGACCCUCUCGGUAGGAUGGUCAUUGACUACCGUCGCUUGAACGCCAUAACCAAGAAGGAUGUCUACCCCCUCCCUCGUAUUCAUGACAUUCUAGCUUCCCUAGGCAAAUCAAACUUUUAUUCCACCUUAGAUCUCAAGUCCGGGUAUUUCCAGAUACCCAUGGCCCCCGGAGAUGUCGAUAAGACUUGCAUAGUUACACACGAUCAGUCAUAUUCAUAUCUUGUCCUCCCGUUCGGACUCGCCAACGCACCUAGCGUUUUCCAGAGACUUUUAAACAUGGUGCUCGCUGGCCUACAGCACAAGUGCGCUAUCCCGUACAUCGACGAUAUUAUUAUCCAUUCUCCGAACCUCCAGCAGCACCUUGCUGACAUACAACAGGUCUUCCAUCGCUUACGCCAAGCAGGUCUCAAACUCAACCCUACCAAAUGCGUUUUCCUGAAACAGUCUGUCAAGUAUUUGGGUCAUGUCAUUUCUCCGCACGGUGUUUCACCGGACGCAGCCAAAGUUGCGGCAAUCCAACAGCUCAAAGCGCCGGCAAACGUUCGGCAGGUCAGAUCGUUUCUAGGCAUGGCUAACUACUAUCGGGCCCACAUCAAAUCAUUUGCAAAAAUCGCCAUGCCCUUGACCACCCUAACCAAGAAGAAUGUCCACUUCAAAUGGACUGACGACGCUGAGACCGCCUUUCAACAGUUACGAGCCAAACUUGUCUCAGCGCCCAUCCUCGCAUAUCCCGACACCGACAAACCAUACAAGCUCUACACCGAUGCUAGUGACUUUGCAGUUGGAGCCGUCUUAGCUCAGGACGAUGAUGACGGUCACGAGGUCGUCAUACAAUAUAUUUCGCAUCAGCUCAACCCCUCGCAAGCACGCUGGGGAGUCACACAACGUGAGGCAUACGCCAUCAUCUACGCACUGGACACCUUGCGCCACUAUCUUGCGGGCGCGUCCCUUACCAUUUACACAGACCAUAAGCCACUCGAGUAUUUCCUUACGUCGCCCACAUUGAAGAAUCCACGUUUGCUACGGUGGGCUACGAUUCUGAGCGAGUACCAGCCGACGAUACGAUACCUCAAAGGCGCCAGAAACGUUCACGCCGAUCAACUGUCCAGAAUCCCUGUUGGACAUGACCACCUCAGCUCUGCUGGAUACCUCAAAGGCGCCAGAAACGUUCACGCCGAUCAACUGUCCAGAAUCCCUGUUGGACAUGCCCACCUCAGCUCUGCUGACACACCAGACCCGUCCAAUCACAGCCUCACACAGAGCGAGGUGCGGGCCGACCCCCAGCAGCACACGCUCCCUUCGUCGCCACAACAUACCACCGACAACCACCCCCCCGCCGACGACCAGGUGCCGCCCACAACCCAUGGGGCACCAACCACGCCACCCCCGCCACCUACGCAACCCCCGCCAGCCGUGCCACCCCCGCCACCCACGCCACCCCCGCCAACCCAGUCACCCACGCCACCCCCGCCACCCCCGCCACCCACGCCACCCCCGCCAACCCCGCCACCCCCGCCAACCCCGCCACCCCCGCCAACCCUACCAACCCCGUCCCCUCCGCAACCCCCGCCCCUUGCACAAACUACAUGUGAAGUAAAUGCCCCAGGCCCCAGCAUAGACACCAUAUCGCUCGACGCCAUUCGCGCAGAACAGUAUCAGGACGCACACUUGUGUAAGAUUCGCGACAUUCUCACCGCUUCCGCCCCACUACUGAAGGAUCUAAAGUUCGUCGAACGAUACUUGAUCGAUGACGAUGACCUCAUCUACUACGCAGCUGAACCCACACGGCACGAAGAGCCCAGUAUGCAACUCGUUAUCCCACCCAAAUAUCAUCACCUCAUUACUGAAGCUCAUCAUCAAGCCGCACAUCUCGGUUUCCCCAAGACCUAUGCACUCAUUCGUAGUCGCUUCUACUGGCCAGGAAUGUACGCCACCAUUCAUACGUUUGUUCGUAGUUGUGUGGCAUGCAACUCCGCCAAGCUCCAACGCAUACCGUCUCCACUGGGAGCUGCGCCCUUCCCAGAUGCGCCGUUCCAGGUAGUCGCAGUCGACACCUGCCAAUUUCCGUUGACACCCAGAGGCCAUCGCUACAUCAUUCACUUCCAUUGCACUUACACGAGUUGGCCAGAGUGUUUUCCGGUACGGGACAAGUCCGCGCAGACUGUCGCUGACCUCUUGGUCAACGAAAUCAUCCCUCGACAUUCAUGCCCGAAGAUCUUACUUUCCGAUAACGGCACCGAAUUUUGCAACCACGUCAUGGAUGCCCUCACCCGCCACUUCAGCAUAACGGCAGUCCGCUGCGCCCCCUAUCACCCCGCAUCAAACGCGGCGUGCGAACGCUUUCAUCGCGUUUUAAACUCUAUGUUUGCCACCGUCAUUAACCGACAGCAGACUAAUUGGGACUUGUAUUCACGGCACAUCGCAACACUCCCCCUUCUAUCUGCUGUAUGGCAGACACCCAACGCUUCCACUUGA